UUUUAGAAAACCUUGGUGCUACUUUCAUGAUUUACAAUUAAUAUCAACAGUUCACUAAAAAAUUACGAAGUUCGUUUUACAUAUAGGCAUAAGUGCCUACCUAAAUACGAAACGUGCAUUUAACAGUUUAAAAUCCACAAAACUAUAAUUAAACGCUCCUUAAACAGUUGAUUUUAAAUUUGAAUAAAAAACUAUAAUUCGUUGAGCAUGUGAUAUUGAAGAUUAAAAUUUUGACAAAAUGGAUGGUUUUAACUUUCAAGCUUUUAUGAAAUCCGACAUGAUCUCUCCUAGUAAGUCUCAGGAAUUCGAGUAUAAUGAUGGGCAUUUGAAAUCUGAUGAAUUGAUUUUUGGUUCGCAGCGAGUCAAUUUGAAUUCCAGCACACCUUAUUCAGAUGCAACCCAGACGAAGAAACAUUAUCCUGGUCAUAUAAAAAGGCCAAUGAAUGCAUUUAUGGUAUGGAGUCAAAUGGAAAGACGAAAAAUAUGUGAAAAGACGCCUGAUCUACAUAACGCCGAAAUAUCUAAAGAGCUUGGUAGGCGUUGGCAAUUAUUGGAUAAAGAAGAAAAGCAGCCUUAUAUAAUUGAAGCCGAAAAUUUGCGCAAACUGCAUAUGAUAGAAUAUCCUGAUUAUAAAUAUAGACCUCAGAAAAAACAGUCACGAUUUUUUACUUCAAGACAUAGUAAUGAAAAAUCAUAUCGCGGUGCAAAAUGUCAUGAAAUUGUAAAGAAAGCAUUAAUACCUCAGUCGUCUUUUUCUGAGCAAAAGAGUAAACAAGGUAUAAUUAGUGGCAGUACAGAUGGAAUUCAACGGUGUAAUCGAAGCUCGAAAAAAACUACUUCCAAGGCCGUCUCUACUAACCAAAAAAAAAUAAUUAAAAUGAAAGAAACGUCUCCUAUAUUUAAAUCUGCAGAUAUAUGCAAAGGAGAAGAUCCCAUUAAUUACUUACCACAUAAUUCAAAUGAUAGAAACUCUUACAGUGAUACAAAUAUCUGUGAUAUUAACUCAGGGAUUGUUGAUAAUAUACCUAGUUUAGAUCCUAUUGAGCCGUCCGACUUUAAUCAUUUGAAAAGUGGCCCAGAAUUUCCACUUGAAGAUGUUUUAAAACUAAUAAACUCUGAAAACUUUUUGGACCAGCAAUUUGAGCUUCAUAACCCCAGAAUCGAGUUUUCACAUGAAAGCGCACUUAAUUCUGAACAAAUAAAUGUAAACGAUGUUUCUCCGAUCUCAUGUUUCCGCAAAGAGGACAACAUAGUAAAUGAUGCUAAUUUACAUCUUGCCAGUCAUCACUCUCACCAAAUGCAAUAUCCAUAUGAAACAGUGAAACUUCCCGUUUUUAAUUCCUUACUAUCUUCGCGUGAUGACAACAAGCAUCUGAGUAUUAUCAACUCUUCAACUGACGAUUCAAACUGUGGCAUUAUAAAUCAAUCCUUAUAUUGUACUGACGAAUGCGAAUCUGAUAAUCAUGACGCAACGAUGCAACAACAAACCGUAACAAUGAAUAUUGAGAUUCAUAACAGUAAUCGGUUAUGUAGAACAGACCGAAAUAAUGGACUUAUUGUUGGAGAUGACGUAUGUGCAAUAUCAAUUCCAUGUACCAGCGUCGAUAGCGAUUGCAGUAUUUUAACAUCGCCGCAUUCGCCACAAAUAAGAUUAAAUAACGCUAGUACAAAUGUAAUAGUGGAUACAAGUUUUGCCAAUAUUUCUCCACUAUCAAUUACUAACUGUAAUCAUGACAUUCAUUCUGAAAAUCUUAAUUCAUCGAACUAUACAUUUUAUGAUACCAAUGGAGCUCUUCUUGCUUUUACCUAUGAUGACCUCCCACCGGAAUCUUCAGGCAGCCAUUUGGAGUUUAGCAAUAGAUAUGAGUUUUCUAGUCUUUAAAAUAGGACAAAUUCAUUAUUAAUAUAGUGGUACAGACAUAUGUAUAUAUUUACAUAAAUUGAAUUAAACAUUGUAUAAUAACCUUUAAAUGCAUAAAAAAGUAAUAUGAAACUCUUAACAACAAUUUAAUGCAUAUAUCAAAUUUAGGUUUAAGCACGUCACAUGAAAUUAUACAAAUUGUAUUCAUUUUUUUUAUUUUAAAUCGAUUUCCAUAAUGCUUCUUCAAUACACGUAAAUCCUUAUGUGUUGUCAGUUCAGGAACCUCCAAUAAUUAUUAAAAAUUAAAUUUUAAAAUAAUCACAAAAAUAUAUAAAAAUAUUUGCAAGUACAUAUAUGUAUUAAAAAUUUCGAUAUAUUAUAAUAUUUUACUACUACAUAAUUGGUAUUUGUGAGAUGAAACUAUUUCAGGGGCAUAUGUGCUUUUCAAGCAUUUUAAGAUUGAAAUGUAAUAUUACUUUUAGUGGUUUGUAAAAAUUAAACAAAAAACAAUUAUAUCUACCUUACAAUAAAA